AGGCCGGCAGGGAGGGGGCGCUGGGCUCUUCCCCACCCCGCCCCGAACCCUCCUCCCCUGCGGCCUGCUGCGGCGGCGGCGGCCCGGCCCGGGUAUGGGGGAGCGGGGGCCGCCGCCGGUCGGGCACUGAGCGGCGCUGUUGUUCGACGGUGGGUUCCCCCCCUUUCGGAGGAACCCGGAGAGAGAAGAGCUUCGCCUUCCUUUCCCCCCCCCCGCUCCCCAACCUUUUCCCUCCUUCAGUGACUUCUCCCCACUCCAACGAUUACCGGCUCGGCGGCCUCUCCUCGGACGGCCCUGCCGGCUACCAUGGCGGAGAACUUACUCGACGGGCCGCCCAACCCCAAGCGAGCCAAGCUCAAUUCGCCGGGCUUCUCCGCCAGCGAUAGCACAGAUUUUGGAUCUUUGUUUGACUUGGAAAAUGAUCUUCCUGAUGAGCUGAUCCCCAAUGGCGAAUUGGGCCUUUUAAACAACAGUGGCAACCUUGUUCCAGAUGCAGCUUCCAAACACAAACAACUUUCCGAACUUCUGAGGGGAGGCAGCGGCUCUUCCUUAAACCCAGGAAUUGGAAAUGUGAACUCCAGUAGCCCUGUCCAGCAGGGAGUUGGGGGUCAAGUUCAAGGGCAGCCAAACAGUGCUAAUCUCGGUAAUCUGGGUGCUAUGGGUAAGAGCCCUUUAAACCAGGGAGACUCUUCUGCUUCGGGCCUAGCAAAGCAAGCAGCCAGCACCUCUGGACCUACCACACCUGCAUCACAAACUCUGAACUCUCAAGCACAAAAACAAGUGGGGAUGGUGACAAGCAGCCCUGCAACAUCACAGACUGGACCUGGGAUAUGUAUGAAUACUAAUUUCAGUCAGACACACCAGAGCCUUCUCAACAGUAAUUCUGGUCACAGUUUAAUGAACCAGCCUCAGCAAGGACAAGGGCAGGUAAUGAAUGGAUCUCUUGGGGCAGCUGGAAGAGGAAGGGGAGCAGGAAUGCAAUAUUCUGCCCCUGCCAUGCAGGGGAGUGCAGGCAGUGUGCUGGCAGAGACUUUAACCCAAGUAUCUCCACAGAUGGCUGGUCACACCGGGCUGAACACAGCACAGACAGGAGCAAUGACUAAAAUGGGAAUGACAGGGAACACUAGUCCCUUUGGGCAGCCUUUCAGUCAAACUGGAGGACAGCAGAUGGGAGCUACAGGAGUGAAUCCUCAGUUACCAAACAAGCCAGGCAUGGCGAAUAGUUUGUCUCCCUUUCCUGCUGACAUCAAGAGUACUCCUGUCACCAGUGUGCCAAAUAUGUCCCAGAUGCAAACCCAAGUACAACAAGUGGGGAUCGUCCCGACGCAGGCGAUGGCGACUGGACCGACAGCAGACCCGGAGAAGCGCAAACUGAUCCAGCAGCAGCUGGUGCUGCUGCUUCAUGCUCACAAGUGUCAGCGGCGGGAACAGGCCAACGGCGAGGUGCGUGCCUGCGCCCUGCCCCACUGCCGGACCAUGAAGAACGUCCUCAACCACAUGACACACUGCCAGGCUGGCAAGGCCUGUCAAGUUGCUCAUUGUGCAUCCUCGAGACAAAUCAUUUCCCACUGGAAGAAUUGUACUCGGCACGACUGUCCUGUGUGCCUUCCUUUGAAAAAUGCCAGUGACAAAAGAAAUCAACAACCCCUUUUAGGCUCUCCAGCUGGUGGAAUCCAAAAUUCCAUUGGUUCAGUGGGCACAGGCCAGCAGAAUACUCCAUCACUAAGUAAUCCUAAUCCAAUUGACCCCAGCUCCAUGCAACGAGCCUACGCUGCUCUUGGGCUGCCCUAUGGCAACCAGCCUCAGACCCAGCUGCAGCCCCAGGUCCAAGGCCAGCAGCCAGCACAGCCUCAGGCUCACCAGCAGAUGAGGACCAUUAAUGCAUUGGGAGCCAACCAGAUGAACCUUCCUGCAGGAGGAAUAACAACAGACCAGCAAAGUCUAAUUUCUGAAACUGCUCUUCCAACAUCCCUUGGGACAAAUAACCCACUAAUGAAUGAUGGCACAAAUUCUGGCAAUGUUGGAAACCUCAGCUCAAUGCCAACAGCUGCACCUCCUUCCAGUACCGGGGUACGGAAAGCAUGGCAUGAACAUGUCACUCAGGACCUGCGCAAUCACCUCGUGCAUAAGCUUGUCCAAGCCAUCUUCCCCACUCCUGAUCCAGCAGCACUGAAGGAUCGUCGCAUGGAGAAUUUGGUGGCUUAUGCCAGGAAAGUGGAAGGAGACAUGUAUGAGUCUGCCAACAGCAGGGAUGAAUACUAUCAUUUAUUAGCAGAGAAAAUCUAUAAGAUCCAAAAGGAGCUGGAAGAGAAAAGGAGGUCUCGUCUCCAUAAACAAGGGAUGUUGGGGAAUCAGGCAGCCUUACAGACCCCAGGACCUCAGCCCCCUGGGAUCCCCCAGGUGGCUGCUGCCAUGGGCCAGGCACAGCCCGUGAGGCCACCCAAUGGGCCUAUGUCCAUGCCAACUGUGCCUAUCAGUCGUAUGCAGGUGUCUCAAGGAAUGAAUCAGUUUAACCCCAUGUCCAUAGGGAAUGUACAGAUGCCACAAGCACCCAUGGGACCCCGUGCAGCUUCUCCAAUGAACCACCCAGUUCAAAUGAACAACAUGGGCACCGUUCCUGCGAUGGCAAUGUCUCCUUCCCGAAUGCCUCAGCCACAGAACAUGAUGGGAGCUCAUUCCAACAACAUGAUGGGUCAGGCUCCUACCCAGAACCAGUUCCUGCCCCAGAAUCAGUUUCCAGCAUCCACUGGGGCUAUGAAUGUGAACAAUGUGGGCAUGGGUCAGUCGACAGCCCAGGCCGGGGUGGCACAGCAGGGGCAGGUUCCCAGUGCUGCUCUUCCCAACUCCAUGAACAUGCUGGGACCGCAGAGCGGGCAGCUGCCGUGUCCGCCGGUGACGCAGCCUCCCCUGCACCAGAGCGCGCCUCCCGUCUCCUCCGCGGCGGGGAUGCCACCCAUCCAGCACCCAACACCCACGGGUAUGACACCUCCUCAGCCAGCAGCGCCCACUCAGCCAUCGACACCGGUCUCCUCAUCAGGACAAACACCAACACCCACCCCGGGCUCUGUUCCCAACGCCACCCAGACACAAAGCACCCCGACAGGGCAGACUGCGGCGCAGGCACAGGUCACCCCGCAGCCUCAGACCCCAGUCCAGCCCCAGUCUGUGCCCACCCCACAGCCAACGCAGCAGCAGCCAACAUCUGUGCAGGCACAGCCACCUGGCACUCCACUAUCCCAGGCAACAGCUAGUAUUGAUAACAGGGUCCCCACCCCUGCCUCAGUUGCUAGUGCUGAUACGAAUUCCCAGCAACUAGGACCAGAUGCACCAAUGCUAGAAAGCAAAUCAGAAGUUAAAACUGAAGAAACUGAGCCAGAGACUAGUGAGACACAAGUGGAAGCUAAGACUGAGGUGGAGGAGGAUUUACAAGGAUCUUCACAAACAAAAGACGAAACGGAUGGAACAGAACUGAAACAGGAGCCAAUGGAAAUAGAGGAAAAGAAGCCUGAAAUAAAAGUAGAUGCUAAAGAGGAAGAGGAGAGUGGGACUAAUGGAACCACUUCACAAUCCACGUCGCCAUCUCAGCCCCGCAAAAAAAUUUUCAAGCCCGAGGAGCUGCGCCAGGCUCUCAUGCCCACCCUUGAGGCUUUGUACCGGCAGGACCCCGAGUCCCUGCCUUUCAGGCAGCCCGUGGAUCCCCAGCUUUUAGGGAUUCCGGACUAUUUCGACAUCGUGAAGAAUCCCAUGGAUCUCUCCACCAUUAAACGCAAAUUGGACACUGGGCAGUACCAGGAACCCUGGCAAUAUGUGGAUGAUGUUUGGCUGAUGUUUAACAAUGCCUGGCUUUACAAUCGCAAGACUUCCAGGGUCUACAAGUUUUGCACUAAACUGGCAGAGGUGUUUGAACAAGAGAUUGAUCCUGUUAUGCAAUCCCUUGGCUACUGUUGUGGGCGCAAGUAUGAGUUUUCUCCACAGACCUUGUGCUGCUAUGGCAAGCAGCUCUGUACUAUUCCUCGUGAUGCUGCCUACUACAGUUACCAGAACAGGUAUCACUUCUGUGAGAAGUGUUUCACUGAAAUCCAGGGGGAGAAUGUCACCCUGGGUGAUGACCCUUCCCAGCCUCAAACAACCAUCUCUAAAGAUCAGUUUGAAAAGAAGAAGAAUGAUACACUAGAUCCAGAGCCGUUUGUUGACUGCAAAGAGUGUGGUCGGAAGAUGCACCAGAUUUGUGUAUUACAUUAUGACAUUAUUUGGCCUUCAGGGUUUGUCUGUGAUAAUUGCCUGAAGAAAACUGGUAGAACGCGCAAAGAAAACAAAUUCAGUGCUAAAAGGCUGCAGACCACACGUUUAGGAAACCAUUUGGAAGACAGAGUAAACAAAUUUUUACGGCGACAAAACCAUGCUGAAGCUGGAGAGGUCUUUGUCAGAGUAGUAGCAAGUUCAGAUAAGACAGUAGAAGUUAAACCAGGAAUGAAAUCCAGAUUUGUGGAUUCUGGGGAGAUGUCAGAAUCUUUCCCUUACCGUACCAAAGCUCUGUUUGCCUUUGAGGAGAUAGAUGGAGUAGAUGUGUGCUUCUUUGGGAUGCAUGUCCAGGAGUAUGGCUCGGAUUGCCCUCCUCCAAACACCAGGCGUGUGUACAUAUCCUACCUAGACAGUAUCCAUUUCUUCCGCCCCCGCUGUCUCCGAACUGCAGUUUAUCAUGAAAUCCUCAUUGGAUACCUGGAGUAUGUGAAGAAACUUGGGUAUGUGACAGGACACAUCUGGGCCUGCCCCCCGAGUGAAGGAGAUGAUUAUAUUUUUCAUUGCCAUCCACCUGAUCAGAAAAUACCCAAACCCAAACGUUUGCAAGAAUGGUAUAAGAAGAUGCUGGACAAGGCAUUUGCUGAGAGAAUCAUUCAUGACUACAAGGACAUCUUCAAACAAGCAACUGAGGACAGGCUGACGAGUGCCAAGGAGCUGCCUUACUUUGAAGGUGAUUUCUGGCCCAAUGUGCUGGAAGAAAGCAUCAAGGAGUUGGAGCAGGAGGAGGAGGAGAGGAAAAAGGAAGAAAGCACUGCAGCUAGUGAAACAACAGAGGGAAGCCAGGGAGACAGCAAAAAUGCCAAGAAAAAGAACAACAAAAAAACCAACAAGAAUAAGAGUAGCAUCAGCAGAGCUAACAAGAAGAAACCCAGCAUGCCAAAUGUGUCCAACGACCUGUCUCAGAAGCUCUAUGCCACCAUGGAGAAGCAUAAAGAGGUCUUUUUUGUGAUUCAUUUACACGCUGGGCCUGUAAUUAACACCCUGCAUCCCAUUGUGGACCCGGAUCCAUUACUGAGCUGUGAUUUGAUGGAUGGGAGAGAUGCCUUCCUGACCUUGGCCAGAGACAAGCACUGGGAGUUCUCCUCGCUGCGCCGCUCCAAGUGGUCCACGCUCUGCAUGUUGGUGGAGCUGCACACCCAAGGGCAGGACCGCUUUGUCUACACGUGCAAUGAGUGCAAACAUCAUGUGGAAACAAGGUGGCAUUGCACUGUCUGUGAGGACUACGACCUCUGCAUUAACUGCUACAACACUAAGAGCCACGACCACAAGAUGGUUAAGUGGGGCCUGGGUCUGGAUGACGAGAGCAACAGCCAAGGAGAGCAGCAGUCCAAGAGCCCCCAGGAGUCGCGACGACUGAGCAUCCAGCGCUGCAUCCAGUCCCUGGUCCACGCCUGCCAGUGCCGCAACGCAAACUGCUCCCUGCCAUCCUGCCAGAAGAUGAAACGGGUUGUCCAGCACACCAAGGGCUGCAAGCGCAAGACCAACGGUGGCUGUCCGGUCUGCAAGCAGCUCAUCGCCCUCUGCUGCUACCACGCCAAACACUGCCAAGAGAACAAAUGCCCCGUGCCAUUCUGUAUCAACAUCAAACACAAGCUUCGCCAGCAGCAGAUCCAGCACCGCCUGCAGCAGGCUCAGCUCAUGCGCAGAAGGAUGGCCACCAUGAACACCCGAAACGUGCCUCAGCAAAGUUUGCCUUCUCCUACCUCAGCAACGCCUGGUACCCCCACGCAGCAGCCAAGUACACCGCAAACGCCGCAGCCUCCUCCCCAGCCCCAGCCUUCCCCUGUAAGUAUGUCACCGGCUGGCUUUCCCACUGUCUCCAGAACUCAGCCCCCCACCACCGUGUCGACGGGAAAACCUGCAAACCCGGUUUCUGCGCCCCCGCCUCCGGCGCAGCCCCCGCCGGCCGCCGUGGAAGCGGCUCGGCAGAUCGAGAGAGAAGCUGCCCAGCAGCAGCAGCAGCUCUACAGGGUCAACAACAUUAACAAUGGUUUGCCUCCUGGUCGCCCAGGACUAGUAAACCCGACGGUGGGUUCAGGGAACCAGAUGCAGCAAGUCAGCAUGAAUGUACCCCGGGCCAACCCCGUGAGCGGCCCGGUGAUGCCCAGCAUGCCGCCCGGGCAGUGGCAGUCCCCUCCCAUGCCACAGCAGCAGCCAAUGCAGCCAGGAAUGGCCAGGCCGGUGAUGCCCAUGGCCACCCCACAAGCGGUGGCCGGGCCAAGGAUGCCGGGCGUGCAGCAGCCGCCACGGAGCAUCCCCCCAAACGCACUUCAGGACUUACUGAGGACCUUGAAAUCGCCGAGUUCUCCGCAGCAGCAACAGCAGGUUCUUAACAUCCUUAAAUCCAACCCUCAGCUUAUGGCAGCUUUUAUAAAGCAAAGAACGGCCAAAUACGUGGCUAACCAGCCCGGGAUGCAGCCGCAAGCGGGGAUCCAGCCCCAGCCUGGGAUGCAGCAGCCGCAGACCGGCAUGCAACAGCCAGGCAUGCACGCCCAGGCAGGACUGCAGAACUUGAACGCCAUGCAAGCAGGAGUGCAGAGAGCCAGCGUUCCUCCCCAGCAGCAAGGGAUGGGAGCUAUGAAUCCCCAGGGACAAGCGAUCAACAUCAUGAACCCCGGCCACAACCCCAGCAUGGCCAACAUGAGCCCGCAGUACCGGGAGAUCCUGAGGCGGCAGCUGCUGCAGCAGCAGCAGCAGCAGCAACAGCAGCAGCAGCAGCAGGGAGGGGCUGGCAUGGCAGGAGGGAUGGCAGGACACAACCAGUUCCAGCAGCCUCAAGGACCCGGGGGCUACCCUCAAGCCAUGCAGCAGCAGCGGAUGCAGCAGCACAUCUCGAUACAGGGGGGGUCCAUGGGACAGAUGGCUCAGAUGGGACAGUUGAACCAGAUGGGCCAGCCCGGCAUGGGCGCGGACGGCGCUCCCAACAUCCAGCAAGCCCUGCAGCAGCGCAUCCUGCAGCAGCAGCAGAUGAAGCAGCAGAUAGGGUCCCCUGGGCAACCCAACCCCAUGAGCCCACAGCAGCACAUGCUCUCAGGACAACCGCAGGCGUCUCAUCUCCCCGGCCAGCAGAUCACCACCUCCCUCAGCAACCAGGUGCGGUCCCCGGCACCCGUUCAGUCACCCCGUCCCCAAUCCCAGCCGCCACAUUCCAGCCCGUCGCCCAGGAUACAACCCCAACCCUCGCCUCACCACGUCUCUCCCCAGACUGGUUCCCCUCACCCAGGACUCGCAGUCACUAUGGCUAGUUCCAUGGAUCAGGGACACUUGGGCAACCCAGAACAGAGUGCAAUGCUUCCACAACUAAACACCCCCAACAGGAGCGCGUUGUCUAACGAAUUGUCUCUGGUCGGUGACACCACCGGGGACACGUUAGAGAAAUUUGUGGAGGGUUUGUAGCAAUUAUGGGAGCAUCACUUUUGGUUUUUUGUUUUGUUUUUAUUUUUAUUUUUUCUUUCGGGGUUUUUUUGUUGUUGGUUGGUUUUGUUGGUUUUAUUUUUUUUUUGUUGUUGUUGUUUUUUUCCUUUCGUGUUCUUGGACAUUUUGUACUGAAAACUCAGACAUCUGGGUUGUUUUGAAUCCUAGAUGGAACUGCUGCUUCCUACACAUGGAAGAAUGAAUUGCUGUUUAAAAAAUAAAAGAAAGAAAAAAAAAAACACACAAAAAAAACAAAAACAAAAAAAAUUACAAAGAAUAUAUUUUUUUGUUAAAGCCAGGCGGUUAAAAUAUCUGGUCUCUUUUCGUGGGUUGUUUUGGUUGUUUGUUGGGUUUUUUUUGGUUUUCAUUUUUGUUGCUGUUGGCUCAUACCUUAUUUUUUUUUUAAAAAUGGGGGGAAAGAAAACAAACCAAGUUCAUGAUAUUCAUAUUUUUUAUUUGUAUUUUCAAGACUUUUAAACCGUUUGCGUUUCAAAGAAGACAAAAAGAAAAACACAAAUAAUAAUAUUCAGAAACUGUUUCCUGAAAUAAUGCAACAUUAUAAUGUAUCCCAGUAACUUUGACACGUUGUGGGAAGAUUAUUUUUUUUUUGGGGGGGGGGGGGUUGUUUUGUUGGUUUUUUUUCUAUGGUGAACUCUGCAGGAGUUUUGAAGUAUUACCCCUGGAAAGAUAGGAAUUGACUCUUGCACACAAAAACCACACAUUUGGCCAAUGCCAAAAUCCUUGUCUUGCAGAUGUAGAAAUUGUUGCUUUGUUUUCUCUGAUAAAACUGGUUUUUAGAUGAAAACUAGGGAUGAUCACUCUUAGGCCGUGCUGAUUUGAAUAGAGAAGAAGCAUUCUUUUCUUUCUUUCUUUCUGUGUGAAACUUGAAAUGAGGAAAAGCAAUUCUAGUGUAAAUCAUGCAAGCUCUAUAAUUACUAUAAAUAAGAAAAAUCCAAGGAGAUUCAAUCACUGUAUAGAAUGGUAAAAAAACAAAAAAGAAACAAAAAAAAAACACAAAAAAAACCAAAAAACAGAAAAAAAAAACACAACAGAAAAACAAACUCAUUUCUUAUAAUAUCAUAUUGUUAAAUAAACUGUGUGCAACAGACAAAAAAGGGUGGUCCUUCUUGAAUUCAUGUACAUGUUAUUAACACUUAGUGUUUGGGGUUUUUUUUUUUGUUAUGGAAAAAAAAAAUGCUGUUUUUCAACAUUGUAUUUGGACUAUGCAUGUCUUUUUUUUUCUUUUUUUUUUUCCAUUGUAUAUAAAGUAUUGCUUAAAAAAAAUUGAUAUAAAUUACUGAAGUUUUUAACAUGUAUUCUGUUCUUUAAAAAAAAAAUCCAUGUAAGAAUGUUUUAAGGUUUUUAUUUAUUUAUAUAUAUUUUUUCUUUCUUUCUUUUUUUUGUUUUGGAUCAUGUUCUUUGUAAGACAUGGCUUAUGGAUAUUCACUCAUUACCCAGAGCAGCCAGAGGCAGCACUAGGAGUGGCAAGAUAACAUGGAGUAUUGUAGGUAGCAUGUCUUGUUUUACCAACACCCUUUUAGUGAUUGUUUCCCUUUUUUUGGGGGGAAGGGGAGAGGACACAAUGGGAAUGGUUCUUUCCCAUCCAUGGAAUAUUUGCAGGUGUUCAUCCAUAAGGGUUAACUGGAAUAAAUUAUUAGUAGUCCUUGCUUUUUAAAAAAAACAACACAAAAAAAAAACAAACAAAAAAAGAACAACAACAAACUGCAUUAAUUUAGAGAAGGAUCACCAAUGAAAGGAAAAUAGAGAGUAUUGAGUUAAUUCUAGGCUAAUUUAUUUAGUCUACAGUAAAAUAUGAACCUAUUGACUUUAACACUAUUUUUCUGCUGUUAACUCUGAGUCUAGAUUUGAGGGUUUUCUGUGGAAUAAAAAAUAACAAAUCAUGUCCAUGUUCCCUUUAAUAUCCUGUCAACAUGCCCUCAUGUUCCUGGCAUACUUACCCCUCCUCCUCCCCAAUCGAUUACUUUCUUGGAGUUAAAAAGCCCAGAGAGAUUUUUCCCACCAUAGGGGUGAACUAAAACCAGGAUUAGUCUACAACUCCCAUCACUUGGACCUUCUCCAUUCUCUGUGACUGAGAUGGGAUUGGCAGCAAAUCCCAGCAAGGUAUCCUGGUAUCCCAGUAUCCCACCUGGCAGCUGCUGCUCCCACAGGGAGCAUCAAGCACACUUGGUCUGGUCAGUGCUUCCUCCAGCCUUAUGUUUUUAUUUGGAACAGUGUUGGGAGAGGAUGGGGGGAGAAGAGCAAAGGAUUUCUCUCCAUUUUUACCCCCUUACUUUGUUCUUUUUAACUGUAGAGGGUCUCUGCUUUAGCCUUUUCUUGCAAACUUUGAACUAUUGUACCUUUUCCACCACCAUUGGAUUCAUCUGCCCGUGAAACUGUCUUCAGCAAUUCAAGAUGUCAAAAUUUGGGGCUGGGGUGAUGUCAGGGAACCCAAAGCUUGUCCAAAAGAAAUUGCUGUAAAAAAAAAAAAAGAAAAAGAAAAGAAAAAGAGAAAAAAAAAAAAAAAGAUGGAAAGCCCUGAUGCUGUGUCUCAUGCUGUGUACUUUAAAAAAAAAAAAAGAGGAAAAAAUACUAUAUUUGUGAUCAAAAAGAGGAAACUUGAAAUGUGCUGGUGUUUCUAAUAAAAGCUGGUAAAACUGC